CGCGGGUCGCGGGGAUCAGCGGAGAGAAGGGGUUGGGGGGGGGGGGGGGAGAGGAAAAAAAAAAAACCAGGGGAGAAGGGAAAAAAAAAAAAAAAAGCCCCUGCGCAUUGAUCCGCGCCGUAUUUUUGGGUAAAUACGAUCACGUGGGGGCCGGAGAACCAAUGAGCUGCCGGGAAAAGGCUGGAAAAAUAAUUACCUGCCUUGAUUGUUCUGUGAGCAGAUAAAAAGUACAUAUACAGUUCAUACAAUAAUCUUAUGUAUGUAAAACCCCGUUACGAUGUCGGCGACGGGGCCCAUCAGUAACUAUUACGUGGACUCGCUCAUCUCCCACGACAAUGAAGACCUCCUAGCGUCCAGGUUUCCGGCCACGGGGGCUCACCCCGCCGCCGCCAGACCCAGCGGCUUGGUGCCGGACUGUAGCGAUUUUCCGUCCUGUAGCUUCGCGCCCAAGCCGGCAGUGUUCAGCACGUCGUGGGCGCCCGUGCCCUCGCAGUCGUCCGUGGUCUAUCACCCGUACGGCCCCCAGCCCCACCUCGGCGCCGACACGCGCUACAUGCGGACUUGGCUCGAGCCGCUGUCCGGCGCCGUCUCCUUCCCUAGCUUCCCGGCCGGGGGUCGUCACUACGCCCUCAAACCGGACGCCUAUCCCGGGCGCCGCACCGACUGCGGCCCGGGCGACGGCCGCAGUUACCCGGACUACAUGUAUGGCUCGCCCGGGGAGCUGCGCGACCGCGCCCCGCAGACACUGCCCUCGCCCGAGGCGGACGCCCUCGCCGGCAGCAAGCACAAAGAGGAGAAGGCCGACCUGGACCCCAGCAACCCUGUGGCCAACUGGAUCCACGCCCGCUCCACGAGGAAGAAGCGCUGCCCCUACACCAAGUACCAGACGCUGGAACUGGAGAAGGAGUUUCUCUUCAAUAUGUACUUAACCAGGGACCGUCGGUAUGAGGUGGCCCGGGUUCUCAAUCUCACCGAGCGGCAGGUCAAAAUCUGGUUUCAGAACCGGAGGAUGAAGAUGAAAAAGAUGAAUAAAGAGAAAACCGACAAGGAGCAAUCCUAAACCCUACCCUAGCCUGCUGCCUCGGCACAGCCAAGAGAAAAAAAAAAACCCACAAAAAUAUCCCAACCCAGGCGGGGCGAAAGCACGAAAAGAAAAGGAAAGAGCAAGAUAGAGAAAAAGGCCAAUCAGCUUAACAAGGAAAAAAAAGAAAGGGGAAAAGGAAAACUCUUGCAUUUUGGGAGGGUUAAGUGUUGAGAAAUUGAUGUUUUUAGAGUUAGUUCUAUCCAGCGAGGAGAGAAGGAAAGAGAGAAACCACGUUCUCUUUCCCCAGCGCAACUGAAAUAAAUGACACACACAAAUGUGA